AUGAACCAGAUGCUUAGACUCAAGGUUCAAGGAUCACAUGCUUUUGUUAUUGUUGGUUUUGAAUUGGAUGAUAAUUCACCAGGAGGAGGAAUAUUCAUAUUCAUGGAUAAUAGUGGUCCUGAAUGGGGUCAUGCUGGUUAUGGUAUUUGCUCCGAUUUUAGUCGAUAUUCCGUCAAUGAUGCUGAUUCCUCUGUCACAUGCUUUUGUUUUGAGAAGAAAGGAAAAGAAAAGAAAAGAGGCCGAUUCUUUGAAAAGAAAACAAAAAGAAAGAGUGAAGAGGGGAAGAUAAGGCCCAUAUCGCGACGUGAAGCACAGAAGGACGCCAUACUAAAUCUCCUUAUGGACAGGAAUAUCGAUGUCUCGACGGUCUGUGAAACCCGCACCCGUUUCGGGUCCUAUCUCGGUGAAUAUCGAAGGCUUAUAAAACUUCGCGAACUCCUUGGAGAAGGCUCUAAGAGAUGGUUCCGCCAAGGAUUGCACUCUAUGGAUACCACAGCACCCAGGAAAGAGCCGCCGCCCAGUAACCGUCGGUCCAGAGGAAGAACUGAGAGGCGACUCCAAAUCCGUGAAGGUGUCGAUGAGAUCAACCAAUGUCGGGUUGACUAUCUCAAAGGAAUAUGGCGCAUAUUGGAUAGAUCCCUAGGAAAGAAGACGGUCCCAAGAAACACAUCGACAUCCAUGACGGCAGAUAAAGUUGCAGCCUACAUGUCUGAGCUGUACCAGUCAUGUCAGAGCCAGGCGAGUACCCGAGAGAUAGAGGAGCUCCUUUCGUUGACACCCUCACUGGAUGACACCCGCGAUGCGGAUCUGGAUAGCCAUCCGCUACCAGAGCCCAUCCAGAGAGGGGAAGUGAUUCAAGCUAUCAACGCCCUCAAGAGCGGGCGGGGCACAGGAGUAGAUGGAAUACCUGCCGAGCUCUUAAAGUCUGGCGAUGGAAUGAUUCUUAAGAAGACGCUGCGUCAAAAUCUACCAAGCUUUUGCCUAGCCACAGAGAACCUCAUUCCACAGAAGACGACAAGAAGAUCAAUGAUGAACCAGCUUAUGAUGGAUCCUAUACACGACCUGCCGUUCGCCGAUGACGUCACCAUACCCACGUCAUCGUUAGAAGAGGGGACGCUGGCCCUUAAAACAGUGGUGGGAGGCUCGAAAUAUGCUGACCUCACCGUGUCGGUCGAAAAAUGUAAAACUCUUACUAUUUGCAAUGGUUCCACCAAGAGCGAUGGGAACAAUCACCAACAGGACACAUCGUAUGUCCAGGACGCUACAGGCACUGCAAUUCGGCCAUCUACUAGUGAAUAUCUGCGAAUCCUUGGGUCGUAUUUCACGCGGGCUGAAGAUGGAAAUGCCUAUGAGAUUGGGAAAAGGAUCGAGGCUGCGGGCCAAGCCAUGAAUCGGCUGGGAAAGUUCUGGAAGACACACGAUGCUAGCUUGUCUGCCAAGAUAACGGUCCUCAGAGCAGUCGUAUUCGCGUCGCUCUUUUACGCGAGCGAGACGCUGACCCUCAAGGAGCCUGAGACCCAGCGAUACUGUGUCUUCUACAAUGCUGCUUUGAGGCGAGUCUUGAACAUCGACCCGCUAUCCCAUACAUCAACAAGAGAGGUUCUAUCGAGGGCCAGAUGCCCAGAAUGCCGAGCUGUCUUGCGAGCCCGGCGGCUUCGGCCUCAGAACCAAUGCUGUCCGUGGGGAGGCAUUGGCGCCCCGACCGCUCGGCGGUUUUUGAGCGAGAGAGAGAGAGAUUUGGGGAGGGUCACCCUGUAG